UUAAGGGGUUAACAAGACCAAUUAUGGAAUCGAUUUGGGCAUGAGCACUGCAGUUCUGUUAUCUUCAUCUUUCAUCACAGGAAGCCCCGGCUCUUCACUUCCUUUACUGACAGCAACAAGUUUAUUUAAGCUCAUAUAGUGUACGACAAACUCGAGUAAAGCGACGCAGCUGUACAGUCGUGUUCUCGGUGUUUUAGCGAAUCGUUUCCAUUUUAGAAAUGUUUCAUUCAUUCAAGAAGGAGCUGAAGAGCGACGAUGACGAGGACGUGACGGUGGUCAUCUAUACACUCGCAGACGAUUCUGAAGGCUACGACACCGUGACGGAGGACGCCAGGACAAAGAGCAACCAACAAAUUCAACACACAGUUACAGGAAUCCACCGUGGAGGGAAUAAAUGUUACACACUGACUGCAGUGUGUGUGGUGCUGCUGUGUGUUCUCCUACUGACUGCCGUCGCGGUGCUGUGGAUCCGAUUCAACAACCUGACUACAGAAAGCAACCCGUUACAGCAGUUACAGACCAGUUACAACAACCUGACUAAAGAGAGAGACCAGUUACAGACCAGUUACAACACCCUGACUAAAGAGAGAGACCAGUUACAGACCAGUUACAACACCCUGACUAAAGAGAGAGACCAGUUACAGACCAGUUACAACACCCUGACUAAAGAGAGAGACCAGUUACAGACCAGUUACAACACCCUGUCUAAAGAGAGAGACCAGUUACAGACCAGUUACAACACCCUGACUAUAGAGAGAGACCAGUUACAGAAUAAAAACAAUGAAUUUCAAAAGAAAUUGGAGAAUUUGGGAUGGAUAUCCUUUACCUCAAAGCUUUACUACAUCUCCACUGAGAAGAAGAGCUGGACUGAGAGCAGAGAGGACUGCAGAAAGAGAGGAGCAGACCUGGUGAUCAUAAACAGCAAAGAGGAGCAGGAGUUUGUGGAUAAUGUGAGCGAAAACAAGUGUUACGGAGUUUAUAUCGGUUUAACCAACCGUGAUAAUGAAGGAGUGUGGAAAUGGGUGGACGGAACAUCAAUGACCACUGCGUACUGGUCAUCUUUAAAUGGAAUUAGAGAUAUCGAUGACUGUGUUAUAAACCGGUAUAAUGGAUGGUUUGACAGACCCUGCACUGAAACUUACUACUGGAUCUGCGAAUAACUUGUCUCCAGUAACAACAUAAGAC